UUUUUUUUGAAAAACUUUGUCAUAUAGAAUAAAUUUGAUGUUGGGUUUAAAUUUAUCAUAAUAGUCUUUAAAUUAUAAUGCAUGUAUUAAUAAAUAAUUAUAUCAUUAUGCACUCUUGUUGGGGCAAAACAUCUAGUUAUUAACUGAAGCAUAUACAAAUUCACUAGUGGGAAAUCACCUAAUUAACUGUGAAUUGAUUUAAUUAAUGAUUACUAAGUAAUUUAGGAAAUACAUUUGGAUAGGCAUGGAGUCGUUGUUGUGGUCCUAUGUUAGAGCCAAACUCAGUUAACAAAUACUUCUAGUGAGUAGUGUCUACUACAUUAGUUUAUCAUAAUAAAACAUACACAAAUAAUAUUAAUAAAAAGUUCGUGAUUGAAUCUACAGAUCGUUAACAAUACAGUCUAAUCUUUAUAAGUAUGAUUUGUUUAUCAAAAUAUAAUAUACAUAUCAUGGUAUUACAGCUUUCUUUCUAGAUGAACUAAUCUUUCUACAUAUAAUUUAUUUAUUAGAAUAUACUAAUAUAUACAUGCAACCCAUUUUCUGCACAAUUUAUUCCUUUUCCUCAUAUCUCUAUAAAACCCUUCUCCCUCUCUUCCUCUUCACUUCAAAACCACUUCACACAAAACACAUCUCUCUCUCUCUCUCUCUCUCUCUCUCUCUCUCUCUCUCUCUCUCUCUAUUCAAAACAUUUAAUAUCAUCUUUCUCUAAGCAAAAAAAAAAAACCUUCCUCUAAGCACAAGACAUAUUUAUCAAAGUAAAGAUCAUGAACACAAUUCCAGCGGAACUCACUGGAUACUUCCAAUAUGUAUCACCUGAAAUAUACAAUAACCAAACACCAAUCACGGAGUCUGAAUACUUUAAGAUGCCCUCUUCUCCUACUUCUGCUUCCUCCUUCUACUACAUCAACGGUCUGGUGACCAAAAAUAACAACAACUACUCUUCAUCAUCCAACGUUCAGGAUCCAAUGACGAGUAACAAUUCAACAUCAGACGACGAUCACCAACAAAGCAUGGUCAUCGAUGAGAGGAAACAAAGAAGGAUGAUCUCUAAUAGAGAAUCUGCUCGUAGGUCAAGGAUGAGAAAGCAGAGACAUCUCGAUGAGCUUUGGUCUCAAGUGAUAAGACUCCGUACUGAUAACCAUUGUCUUAUCGAUAAGCUAAACCGCGUAUCUGAAAGCCAUCAGCUUGCUUUGAAGGAGAACGCUAAGCUUAAAGAGGAAACUUCUAAUCUCAAACAGCUAAUCUCUGAGAUAAAAUCCAACAACGAAGACGACAACAAUUUUCUAAGAGAGCUUGAAGAUUCGAUAUCAAACUCUAGAUCGGAUUCGAACCAAAUGGGCAGAGAUUUUGAGUUAUGUUAAAUGAUCUUGUCAUUGUUCUGCUUAUGUCAAGAAUGAAGAUUUCAUAGCUAUUAUAUCGUAUGAUAUGAUAUAAAAUAUUAAUAAACGUAAUGUUCUUCUC